GGCGGGGAGGGGAAAGUAAAACCUCUCGGUGCGCGCCGGCACCGCCUCCCUUCCCGGGCGCUCCCGCAGCCCGCAGCCGGGCGGCAGAGCCGGCGAGCGGCCGGCGGCAGCGGCGAGCCGGGGAUGGUGUCCAUCGUUCUGGAGGUGACCUGCAGCCUCGUGUCCUGGCUGUGUCUGUACGCCUGCUUCUGCUCCUGGAACAAGCACCGUUCCUGCGAGUGGAACUGUCGCUUGGUCACUCUGCUGCAUGGGCUGAUUGUCACUUGCCUCUCGGCUUACGUUGCUCUCUUGGAUGGCCCCUGGCCUCUGACCCAUGCAGGUUCACCAAACACAUCUCUUCAGAUCCAUGUGCUGUCCCUGACCUUGGGUUACUUUAUCUUUGACCUGGGCUGGUGCCUCUGUUUCCAGACAGAGGGGGACCUAAUGCUGUUCCAUCACACGCUGAGCAUCUGUGGCAUGAUCAUGGUGCUGGGUCUGGGGAAGUCUGCUACAGAAGUCAACGCUGUCGUAUUUGUUAGCGAGAUCACCAACCCACUGCUCCAGACCCGCUGGUUUCUGCGGGAAAUGGGGUGUUACCACACUUUCCUGGGAGAGGUGGUGGAUUUCUUCUUUGUGUUCCUCUUCCUGGUGCUGCGAAUCGGAGGAGGAGCUUUGAUCAUGUAUGCAAUGGUGACAUCCCCAGAUCCCAACUGGCUCCUCAAGGCUGGAGGCCUGGCCAUGUACGUUGUAUCUUUGGGGUUCAUGGUUGAAAUCUGCCGCUUUGUCAGGAGGAAAAUGUUGAAAAAAUACCAUUCCUGGACAAGCCUGAGGAGUACGAAUGCACCUGUGAAAACUAAUGGGCACUUGACAGCUCACUGAUGAU